AUGGCGUCCUGCAUGAUGGGAACCAAUAACCGCAUACUCGGUUAUGCCAGAGAUCGUUACCUGCCAAAGCAAACGUCAGCUUCUUCAUUCCCAGUACUGAUUGAUGACGUUGAGGGGAAGGACAUCGAGCCAUUGAUGACAAGAUAUUUUAAUGGCGGUGUUGAUGCUACUUGUGCGGGUGAAAAACAGCCAUUGACUUGUCCGGUGAUAACUGCAAAUUGGUUUGCAAUGGAUAAACUUGCCGGUAAUGUAAGAGCAAUGUCAAGGGCGGUAAUGAUCCCCUUCGUCAGAACAAGCAGGAAGAGUGGCCAUCUCCAGAGUACCGCUGAGCUGGAGAGGAGUCACAUUGAGGAGAGGGCGUCCCAUGCUCUACCCUCUCUUAUCAGCCUUGGGAAAUCUAUCACUGAGAAUAGUUUGACUAUCCUCAGUGACUACAGAGCAAAGGUCAAAUCAGCGACAAAGGGAAUGGACUGUGAAGACCGCAUAUUUCUAUGUUACGGUCUUCUUCUUUUCCUCACAGAGGCUCUUAUUGACAAGGCUCGACUGGAGAAUGUUGCAGUAGAGGCUGCUGAGAUUCACCUCCGGGAGGUUAUCGUCCCACAUGCUAUACGGAGAUAUCAGGCACUUCCUGACGUGGAUCACGAAUUUGCUUCCCUCGCCUCACAAGGUCAUGUCCUUGACAUACCAAGUGUCAUCAUGAAGUUGAUAGAGGCAGCCCCCGUUGGAAGACUCCUUAUGGCCAUCAAUCCUCGAGUUGAACUGAAAUUAGAGGACAGAGCUUCAUUGGGCCUUGCCUUCCAUCUCAAUGAAUUGAUCUCCAUUAUGGAUGAGCACUCCAUUCAGCACCCAGGGAAAGUAGUAUGGAGAAGUGCAAUUAAGAAGGACAACAUGGUAGUUUCAAAAGUGCAGGCUUUCUUCAACACGGAUCCAGAGCAUGUGACAAUCAGCAGGUCCCGCUUAAACACAACCAAACCGAAGAACCGCCUGUCAACCUUCAUUCAUGUGGAACGAUUCAGUGUUGAGCAACGGAGGCGACUGGAAGAGGUGUUCAAAGUACAAAUCUUCACAAAGGAUGGAAAACCAGGGGAAGCAAGAUCGCAAUCAGAUAACGAGGAACCAAGAUCUCAAUCACAUCUGAAGGAAGCAGGAGAUACACCAGAUAUCGAGGAAGCAAGAUCCCAAUUGGACCCCGUUGAAGCCAUAACCCAACCAGAUCUGGUUGAAGCCAGAUCCCAUCCAGAUCUGGGAAAGGUACGAUCCCAAUUAGAUAUCGAGGAAGUUAGACCCCAAUCACAUAUCGUUGAAGCCAGAACCCAACCAGAUCUGGAGGAAGUACGAUCCCAAUCAGACACCGUGGAAGCCAGAUCCCAACCAGAUAUGGAUGAGACAAGAUCCCAACCAGAUCUUGAGAACGCAAAAUCACAGCCACAUCAAGAGGAUGCAAGGCCCACACCAGAUCUUGGGGAAGCAAGAUCUCAUCCUGAUAAUGGCAGAAUCAGGAAGCGGAAAGUAAUCAGUAAAAGCAAGGCACAGAGACAACUUUAUGAGGAACAGGUGCCUCAGGGCAGGAGGAGGAGGAGCACUAGAGACAGGGUGGCUGCUGAAGCCGCAGAGGAUUUAGCUGAGCCAUUUGAAGAUAAAACUAAUCUAGAAGUUUCAAGUGAGAGCAUCUGCCACAAGUGCUUGCGGUACAAUAGGAGAGCAACAAGAAAGGAUAAAUCGAAACUUAUCAGAUGGAUUGCAUGCGGCAGGUGCCCAAAAUGGUUCCAUCAGGAAUGUGUGGGCGUGAAAGUUACUGAUGAAGAAGCAGCAGACUUUGACUUUUUAUGUCCACUAUGUGCUCUGUAAAUCAACUUUUCAAGCACUUUUGACGAAGCGGUUGCCAACCGCUUUGUCAAAAGUGCUUGAAAAGUUGAAUGCCAGUCAUCCAUGAAAAAGUUAUGACAUUUUAUUAUGCCCAUUGAUCCGCUAUAGGUCUUUCCCAGCUGAACUCAAUAACACGAAAGAUGGUCAUGAAGAUUAGAUCAUUGUCGCAAACUGUAACCCUUUCCGAGAUGAGCGAAUUCCACAAAGGAAACAGCUUUUGGUGAAGCAUAAAGUAUACAACAUAAUGAGAUAAGGAACUAAUAAAGUUGGCGUUAUAAUGUUCAUAAAUUUCUGUGAUCACGGUUAAUUUGUAAAUUUAUAAAUACAACUAAACGAAAACAAACAGGAUGAGUUGUGACGAACAAGGUUGGGGCAACCAAGCUGGUGAAAAUGUCGGCAAAAAAUCCCCGCUGCGUGAAGUUUAUUCAACAGUAACUGUCCACACCCAUGACGAAACGUCAUGCAUUUACAUUUUUUUACAACCGACAGAAAGUGGAGGCUUUAAACGAGAAGAGGUUGAAACAGCCUUCUGAUACCAUCCUGGUCACCGACAUAAUCAAUGUGCACUGUGAGCAUGCAUAAACACAUGUACUGUAUAGUGUGUUCAGCAUACCCUGCGGUUUCAACAGUCACUGACUCUGAACUCCCCUGUGGCUGCCGAGUUAAUUGAACGUGUGUUCCAGACCAUUAUGUCGCAUGGCCCAUUGUGUCUGCAAACU